CCUCAGAUAUCACAAAGGGUAAACAGUUCGGCAGGCGGGGCGGCUGGUUUUGGAGCUCCGCCCAGAAACACAAAAAUCCAGCAAGGCUCGUGAAAGCGCGUAACAGCGGCGUGCAGGACCGCGGGCGGGCGCAUGCCACACCGAAAGAGGCGCGGAGAGGCGCGGCGAGGAAACAACGGCCAUCCCGGACAACUGAGCGUCUGUGCACUGACAGAGCAGCCUCGAUUUAGAGCUACAAAACACACAGCUGUGCCAUGGAGCUCUUUAGCAUGAACCACUACUAUGCCAUAGACAAGUGGAUAAACAAUGCAGUGGAUAAGCUAUUCGGAGAGAGAGAUCCGAGAGUGCGAGGAUGGCUGCUGCUGGACUCCUGCACACCUACUCUGCUCCUCACCUUCAUCUACCUCCUGAUAGUCUACCUGGGACCAAAAUACAUGAAGAACAGGCCAGCCUACUCACUGAAGAAUGUUCUGCUACUGUACAACUUCUCAGUCACCAUGCUGUCAUUCUACAUGCUGGUGGAGCUAAUUUCAGCAACCUGGUCAGCGGGCUAUCGUCUAAAAUGUCAAGCACUUUUUGACGCAGGGGAGGGCGACAUCAGGGUGGCAAAAGUGUUGUGGUGGUACUACUUCUCCAAGCUGAUCGAAUUUCUGGACACCAUCUUCUUCGUUUUGAGGAAAAAGAACAAUCAGAUCACCUUCUUGCAUGUUUAUCACCACGCCUCCAUGUUCAAUAUCUGGUGGUGCGUCAUGAAUUGGAUUCCUUGUGGACAAAGUUUCUUUGGGCCCACAUUGAACAGUUUCAUCCACGUGCUGAUGUACUCGUACUACGGUCUGUCCACCAUCCCGUCCAUGCACAAAUAUUUGUGGUGGAAACGCUACCUCACGCAAGCCCAGCUGAUCCAGUUUAUACUAACUAUAACACACACACUCAGUGCAGCGGUUUUCCCUUGUGGAUUCCCGCUGGGCUGCCUGCUGUUCCAGUCCAGUUACAUGGUUACACUCGUCAUCUUGUUCAUUAACUUCUAUUUGCAGACAUACAGAAAAAAGCCAGCAAGAGAUGACAAAGCUAGAGAGAUUGCGAGAAAUCACACAAACGGCGUCUCAUCCGUCGUCAACGGAGCCAAACAUAAGCUACAGUAACAACAGGACAUAACUCUUCAAGAUUCCUUUUCUCAAUCCAAUUAUGCUGAGACACUAAUCUGAUAGCAGGGAUAAUCCUCUGUAAUUAUUCUGUAAUUGUGGUUUUUGUAUAGGGUACUUUUUUAACCUUCCGUUUUUGUAUCAUGUUUUGGUUCAUUUCUCUAAAGACUUGACAGUAACUCAAUGUUCUGAGCAUUUGAAAAUAUUACAAGUCUCACUGAGACAUAUGCACAACCACAGCCAUUAUCAUGGGAAAAAUCUUACCAUCCAUCAUCAUUCAGAAAUUAAUUGGUGUAAACCUUUCUCACUCUUCGAGAAUCAUAUUCAGAAUCCAUGUAGGAAACAUAAAUUUGUCAUCACAAUAAUCCGGGACUGACCACUAUAAUAGUAUUGAGACUGUCAUUCACUGCAAGAUUCAUUAGAGCUCAGUUCUUUCUGCAGUAACAGUAAAAGUAACGUGUAUAAGGACUGAAUGUGUGGUAAAGCUGUUGGCAUUCAUAAGCACAUCAUUGUGCAUUCAUAAAAGCGGUGCCUUGCAGAAGUAUUCAAAAGCCAGGUAUUUAUUUUUCAUUUUGCCUUGUUACAAACAACCCCUCUUCAUGUAUUCAUGUGAACCAUCGGACUCAAACAGUAAUCCCUCUAAAACUGAAAUUCACUGUUUUUAAAUGAACCAAAAUAUGCCAUAUCCCACAUUUGCAAACCCUAGAUAUCGAUUCAUUCCUGGUGAGUGGUAUUUUUGUCACAGUAACUGUUUUCAGGUUUUUCAGAUCUAAAAACAUUACUACCUUGGGCUUAUUUAUAAAAUUAGCACCAGUUUUCAACCUUCAUAUACAAGGUACAAGUUCAUAAACUUAAUAUGAAUAAUUCUUAGAACAUUCUUGCAUAAACAGGUGCUUGAAUUGAGCCUCCAUAUGAUUGUCCACAUAUGGUUGAGUUUAGUUUUUUGCAUAAGAAAAUGCUUUUCAGUCUGGGUUGCCAAACAAAAAUGGCAGACUUGCACUGGCUGUGGGCUGUAACGGGAUCCAAGCAACAAAAAAUAUUUUUAACUAUCUGCAGUUUAAAAACAACUUGAACACUUGUGCACUGGUAUCGGUAUGUUCAUGUUAAGUUCUACUAUAAGCAUGAUUGAGUGGGUAUGGUAAUUAACGAUGCAAUACAGAUGCAGCAGCUAGAGAUUAGACUGAAAAAUGCUGGAGUAUUUUAUAGGCAUAAAUUAAAUGUUGCUGUUUUAUAAAUGAGGCCCUGAUGUUUGCUUAUACCUCAUGGCUGGUUUCUUCCACCUCCUUUACAUUGCCUGAACAUUGCCCUUAGACUGCAAUACUUAAGCUGUGCAACAGGUGGAUGAAAACAGGGUGAUUCAUAGACCUCAGUGACACUGUUUAAAUUCCAAGAAAUGUAGCUCUGAGAGCUCUGAUCUUCUGUUCCUGCUGAACUUCAACUUUUAUGGUUUUCAUGCUGUACAUAUACCUACAUUGUGUAUUCCACUUUCUAUUUUUUAACACUUGUGACCAGAACUGAUGAUUGGUAGCCUGGCGGUCAGAGUUUUAACAGUACUGUUUGUUCCUGCUGUCGCUGUGCUCUGUCAUAAUGUUCCACUGGAUUUUUUGCUGAAUGAUCUUUUUGGUCAGCUCUUUGCAUGGCUGAUACAGUAUUUUCUCUGAAAUACGUUUUCAGCAUCUCUUUCACUCACUAUACCUGCUGUAAGUUCUUUCUCCUGUAUGUGGAGAGUAGGUGCUAUGUCCGUGCCCUAUGCUGCUUUUUGAAAGACCAUGCAUGACAGCUAGACCUCUCCACCAUUCAGAGGCCUAAAUGCUAGCUAAAGCUAUCUGCAUACCAGUGCUUUCAAACAGCUAGAAUGUAGGCAAAAUGUACUGCACAAACUCCGCCACUCAGGCUAGUCGAUUCUCCCCCAUACAUGUCAGUGAAAUCCUCACUUUUCAGGCCUACUAUUUUCAAUUAGGGCAACUUUUUUUAAGUGACACUCUGCUGUAAAUUGUUCAUACAUUACCGAUGUAUGAAAACCAGCUCUGUAGGAAUUUAUUUUGCUCUACAUUAGAUAAUGUUGGAUUAUUUUCCAUUUUAUAACAGUUUUUACUUUGUAAGUACAAUUAGAAAGAUUCAAAUCUGAAACAAAUCAAGGUAACUUACUAAACAAUAAGUGCCUAUACUUGAGUUUGGCAAUGUUCUGUGGAAUAUUUGUUCUCACUUAAUGUAUAUGUUCGUUUUUAUGUUCCUUUGGAGAAUAAACAUAGUUCUUUGCAAAAUAA